GCAAUGCAGCAGCGGUGCUGCAAGUGAAGGUGUGGCCCUGAUGAAACCUAGUGAUUCCGAAGCCGACAAGGCCUUUGCAUCUGGUGCCCCAAGGAAGCCAGCGCAACUUUCUGCUAGUUUCUGGCUUCCUGAGUUGAGAAACCAAAUAUCAUCCUAUCUUGAUGUGCCGGCACUGUGUGCUCAGCGAGCCACAGCUCGUGAGAACUACUCACCGAAGGCUUUUGUUGCUCACCUUGUGCAGCUUGUACGACCUGAAACGCCUGAUGCAAUCGUGGCAGCUGCAGAUAUUGUUUACAACAAAGAGAAGCUUCCAGCGCGGGAGUGCGCGCAAGUGUUUGCUCGGGACCGCUUUCAACUCUUCGCGCGGGUAUUGAAUGCCGAGUGUGACCAACUGAUGGUCAUGGCACGGAUGAAUGUUGGAGCCCUGAGGUCUCAUGUGCAUCUUCGACGCCGGCGCACCGGCUUUUCGACUAUGGGGCAAACGGUAGUUCUCGGAGCUUCGCUGAAUGUCUUCGACGAUUUGGACUGGGGUGCAUUGCGUCUCAAGCAAAUGUUUGCUGCAGAAAUCAUUCGAUUGGAAACUGAGAGCCACCACCCGAGUCAAGUGCUCCAGACACACGUGCUGGCGCGCUACGCAAGCCUCCCAUUUGGACUUAAAGCUGCCCCAGAAUUGCGCCACGAAAAAGCAGCCGAGACUGGUGAGGCAGCAGCCAAGGAAAAGCCGAGCUUGAGUCCAGCGAACAUUCAAGUUCGUGUACCAAGAGAAAAGGAAUCUACCCGGGCUCAACUCCGGCCAGUGACUGUCCAGGAAAGAGUGGUGGUUGUGGGACCAGCGCUACAGGAAGAGAAGGUCACGAAAUUGCUGAACGAAAUUGAGAAGCUCAAAACGGAGCCAAGCCAGUGCGUAUUGGAUUUUCGCCGCAUUGAUUUAGCGGCGAAAAAGGUGGAGGUUGACUGCGAGAUCUUACAGCGAUGGCCCCGAGAGGAGCUGAAACAGGCAAGAGUCCUGGUCUCGUCGGUGGAUGCGUUUGAGAAGGCAUUGGCUGACGCGAUGGACUCUGCUGGUUGCAGCUGCGUGUCUGCAUUGUUGGAGAGCUUCCAACAGUUGAAGGCCAGCCAGGCAGAGGCCCAGGCAAACGGCUGGCAUCCCGACCUCGGCCUCCCUACGAAGGAGUUGCUGAUCACCAUGGUCGUGCAGACCCAGGGUCUGCAAAGGGGUUCCUUGGAAGAUGCGAGGCAGCUCCUGAACAAGGUGUCUAGCAAGUGGAAAGGCAAGGACCAGGCGAACCAAUGCAAUGAACCCCGUGCUGGCGAAAGGGCGAAAGAAGCCAUCCACCACGCCCAGCUGGAGGAGGCGCAGAACCAACUUCUUCACCUCAUGAACUGA